GGUCAGCUAUUUCUGACUGGCCUCGCCCAGACAGUGAAACAGAGCAAACCUCUGCCAUCAGUGUCCUAAAAUAGAAGGCCCUUUUCAUCUGUCAGACUUGAGUCAGCCACAUGGAACACAAAUUUGGAGACACGAAUUGACUCACAGGGCAUUGGGAAGAAGGGCACAGGCAGAAAAUCAAGUGAAGAGAAACUUCUUCAAAUAUGAGCUGCAUUCUCCAAAGAGUUUUUUAGUUACUUUCACAAUAAUUUUUAAAAAAUUUUAGUUCUAAUAUUUUAAAUAAUUAAAGGAUUUUUUUUGGGGAGGGGGGCUUUUUUGUGUUGUUUUUUUUUUGUUUUCUUAAACUUCAAUAAUGAAACUGAGUGUGGGAAUAUUUUUUGGAGGCUUCUUUGCAGCUCUGGGGUUUUUGCUUUUUUUGGUGGCAUUUGGAACUGAUUAUUGGCUUCUUGCUACAGAAAUAGGAACUUGUUCAGAAACACCUGAAAGUGCUGGGGGAGAGAAGGCCACUUUCCAUCAUGAAGGUUUCUUCUGGAGGUGCUGGUUUAAUGGAAAUGUAGGAGAUAAUAAUGCCAGCAUGUGGAAUUUUUGGUAUACCAACCAGUCACCUUCUAAGAAUUGUACUCAUGCUUACCUGUCCCCAUUUCCUCUUCUCCGAGAUGAACACAACUCAACCUCCUAUGACUCUGCAAUCAUUUAUCGAGGUUUCUGGACAGUUCUUAUGCUCCUGGGAGUGCUCACUGUUGUGGUGGCUAGUUUCCUCAUCAUCUGUGCAGCUCCUUUUGCCAGUCACAUUCUAUACAAAGCAGGAGGAGGCUUUUUCAUCAUUGCUGGUGUCUUGUUUUCGCUGGUAGUCGUGAUGUAUGUCAUCUGGGUCCAGGCCAUGGCUGAUCUGGAAAACUACACACAUGUGAAAAAAAUGGAUUGCCCAGACUUUGCUGUUUAUGUACGUUAUGGCUGGUCAUUUAUGCUGGCUCCUAUAGGAGUAUUUUUUUCUUUAUUAGCAGGAAUGCUGUUCUUGUUGGUAGGGCGUGCCAUUUAUUUACACUCAGACUAG